AUGUUUAAGCUUUAUUUCUUCUUGUUUGUGGCGUGUUUGAAUUCGUGUAUCAACGGUUAUGAUGGAUCCCUGAUGGGAGGUAUCAAUGCUAUGACAACAUACCAAAAUUAUUUCAAUAUUGGAAAGACAGGUUCCAAUACUGGGCUUGUAUUCUCAGUAUACACAAUAGGGAACAUCGUUGGCUCCUUCUUCUGUGGGCCAUUUACAGAUUGGUGGGGUAGAAGAUGGGGUAUGUUUAUUGGCGGAGCCAUCAUCAUUGCGGGUACCUGUGUUCAAGCGCCUGCAACAAGUAGGGCUAUGUUUAUGGGUGGACGCUUCAUACUUGGGUUCGGCGUAGCCACUUGUGCUACUGCUGGGCCAUCUUAUGUGGCAGAGAUGGCUCACCCUGCCUGGCGUGGGACUCUGACGGGACUCUACAAUUCUUUUUGGUUUGUUGGUGGGAUCCCCGCUACUUGGACUUUAUAUGGAACUCAGCAAAUUGAGUCGGACCUUUCGUGGCGUCUGCCAGUAUGGUUCCAGGCAAUUGCUUCGGGUUUGGUGUUGUGCGGGUGUCUGUUUUGCCCCGAAACACCACGUUGGCUCGUAUCCAACGACCGCCAUGAAGAGGCAAUCCGUGUAAUGGCUAAGUACCACGGUGAAGGUGACCGCAACUCCCCCAUCGUGCUCCUCACCUACCGGGAAAUGAUCGAAGAGAUCGCCACCGAAGGUUCCGACAAGCGUUGGUGGGACUACAGCGACCUCGUCAAGACCCGUCCUGCAUGGUGGAGACUCUCAUGUGUCAUCGGCAUGGCCUUCUUCUCACAGUGGUCCGGCAACGGCGCCGUAUCCUACUUCAUGCCUGUUCUACUCGACCAGAUUGGCGUCAGCGAUGAGAGGUCACAACUCCUCUACAACGCCAUCCUGAACGUCAUCUCGUUCGUCAUGGCAACUAUCGGUGCCCGCUUUGUGGACCGCCUAGGUCGCAGGAACGUGCUGCUUAUAGGAACCUCCUUGUUUGUGCUCUGGUGGACCAUCAUCACGACGCUCACUGCGCUCUAUGGUGAGGAGACCAACAAGAACCAGUAUGGUUCUCGCUCGACAAUUGCGUUUAUUUAUAUUUUUGGCAUCACGUAUUCGUUUGCAUACACACCUCUACAGGCCUUGUAUCCGGUCGAGUGCCUAUCGUACGAGACCCGAGCAAAGGGGAUGGGACUUUAUAACUUGUUUGUGAAUAUUGCUGCUUUCUUCAACACUUAUGCUAUCCCGACGGUGUGGGAUAAGAUUAAGUGGAAGUUCUACUUUGUGUACAUCGCCUGGGACGUCUUUGAGGUGGUUUUCAUAUACUUCUUCUUUGUUGAAACCAAGGGCCGGACGCUAGAAGAGAUCAACGAGAUCUUCGACGCACCAUAUCCGAAACAGAAGUCUGUGCAAAAACACAUCGUUGUCAUCACGGACCGAGGUAUAUUAGACAAAGGACUUGAAGAAAACUACUGA